CAUUUUCGCAACAAUAUUGUAAGAUUUGGUUGUAGAUUUUUGGUCUGGAUUAUUAAAAUGUCUUACUAUGUCCUAUAAUUUACUGCAGAAAAUUUUAUUUCUUUUUCAGCGCUAUGGCAACUCCCCCAUAUCCGUCUUCUCUUGAUUUUUCUACUGUGUUGAAAUUUAUUAUUUUUCCAUUUUUUCUGCCUUUAUGUGAAAAGAUUUCGUUUAAACUGGAAAUGUCAAAGUUGUUGUUGUUCAGAUAAUAUUCCAUUGUGUUUAUAUUAGCUUUUAACGACUGGCAAUUAUAUUGAAGAAUCUUCUUUUUCAAUGUUAAUGUUAUUGUUGAUGCUGUCAACUUCUUGUUCUAUAAUUUUGUUGGUCAAAUAGUUGUUUUAGUGCGUGAAAAUAUUUCAAUUCUGUAGUUAGUUUGUGCUCAAUGCAUAGCUGUUGUGUCAUUUUGAACAGUUCAGAUAUUAUUUUCUCUAGUUCAGAAACUUUGUUUUCGUUAUAUUCCAUCUUUGAAAAAGCCGGUGGAGGGCGGGGUGUGUGCGUUGAUCGUUUGAUAUAUACAGUGGAUGCGAGAAAUCACGGCGACAGUCCUCAUACGUCUGAACAUAGUUCUGCCCAUAUGGUAAUGGAUGCUGUCGAACUAAUGAAAGAUAGAGGAAUUAAAAAAGCUUGUGUAAUGGGUCAUAGCAUGGGAGGCAGAGCGAUGAUGCACUUUGCUCUUAAGCACCCUGAGUUAGUGGAUCGGGCAAUUAUUAUUGAUAUAUCUCCUAUAGCAGUACCUCGAGAUUUUCAUCAGAUGGAAGAAAUAUUUAAAGCGAUGGAAAGUGUAAAUAUUCCUGCGAACUACUCCUUGGGUCAGGGACGAAAAUUAGCUGAAGAUCAAAUUAAAGAUGCGGUAGGAGUACAAGCUACCGUUGAAUUUAUAUUAUUGAAUUUGAAAAAGCGAGAGAAUGGAGAGUUCUACUGGAUCCCAAAUCUUAAAGCACUUCGCGAAAAUUUGAGAUUGUUUAACAAUUUUAAAGAUUAUGUAAAGUAUUUGCCGCCCUACAAAGGACCAGUGAUGUUUAUCUGCGGGAAUCAAUCCAAUUUUGUCGACCCCAGUAGUUGGCCGGAUAUUCAGCGAAUGUUUCCAAACGCAGAAUUACAUUGGCUCGAUGCGGGUCACUUAGUGCACUUUGACCAACCAGAAAAAUUUGUCAAUUUAGUAGUAGAAUUUCUUAAACGAUAAGCUCAAAUUUUGUUUCCUCAAAUUUCGUGUAACAAUUGUUUUUUAUCGGUAAAGAUCGGUUGUUCUUUUGUUGAGUUUCCAAAUAUACAUAUGCCGUUUAAAAUAUAAUAAUAUGAGCUUUCGAAAAUAAAAUAUUCGCCUCACUUUAA